UAGAAAAAUCCUCUUCAUCCUACACCAGUUAUCCAUCUUAUCUGCUAAAGAUUCUACCAGUUGUUGCUUUCUUUAGGUCAACUGCUCCUGUUCCUGGCUAACCCUUGAUUCCCAGUGGAUCUGACUGACUCACUUUUGAAGUAAAAAUCAAAAGAGAAGGCUAUUAAGGAUGAGUGCCUCCAAUGUGUGAGGCCCCAGCACUGGAAGACGAAAAGGAAGGAAACGAGGGCAUACAGACUUGAAGGGCAUACAACAUGGAAAGAGGUGUGGACUCAGAUACUCUCAGUAUCCCUGAUGCCUGGGUCCAGAUGGAGUCCUCGGGAGUCUUUGAGUCUAGCACUUAUGAAUAUGAUCCAGAAAGCCUUCUGUGUGAAAGCCAGAAUGUCCUCCUUGCCACCUUCUCCAUCACCAUCCUGUACUCUCUGGUGUUAUUCCUCAGCCUGAUAGGUAACAGCCUGGUGUUAUGGGUCCUGGUGAAGUAUGAGAACCUAGAAUCACUCACCAAUGUCUUCAUCCUCAACCUGUGCCUCUCAGACCUCAUGUUCUCCUGCCUACUACCUGUGUGGAUCUCAGCACUGCACUGGGGUUGGAUGCUGGGCGACUUCCUCUGCAAGCUCCUCAACAUGAUCUUCUCCAUCAGCCUCUACAGCAGCAUCUUCUUCCUCACCAUCAUGACCAUCCAUCGCUAUCUGUCGGUGGUGAGCCCCCUCUCCACAUUCGGCAUUCACACCUUCCGUUGCCGCGUGCUGGUGACAUUGUCUGUGUGGGCAGCCAGCAUCCUGUCUUCCAUCCCUGAUGCCAUCUUCCACAAGGUGAUUUCCACAGACUGUGAUUAUUCUGAACUUCAGGCAUUCCUAGCCUCAGUCUACCAACACAACAUCUUCUUUCUGCUCUCAGCGGGGAUCAUCCUGUUCUGCUAUGUGCAGAUUCUCAGGACCUUGUUCCGCUCUAGGUCCAGAAAGCGGCACCGGACAGUCAGGUUAAUCUUCACCAUCGUGGCAGCGUACUUCCUCAGCUGGGCUCCUUACAAUGUUAUACUCUUCCUGAAGACACUGUUGAAAACCUGGGUCAUCCGGAGCUGUGAGGUCAACCAGCAACUGGACGUUGCUCUGCUCAUCUGCCGCACGUUGGCCUUCUCCCACUGUUGCUUCAACCCAGUGCUCUAUGUCUUUAUUGGGGUCAAGUUCCGCAGACACCUCAAAAGUCUCCUCAGACAGGUCUGGUUUGGCCGGCAACAGACAUCCAGUUCUACCCUGUUUCCCCACUCCCCUGGCUCAUUUGCCUAUGAGGGCCCCUCCUUCUAUUGAGAGAAGAGGAUAUGUACCCAGAGGUGGACAGGGGAGUUGGAGGAGAGCAAGGAAAAGUGGAUCAGGAGGGAACAGUGCGGAAGACACAGCAGUGGAGAUGGCAGCAACCCCUGCAGGGGUAGAAAGGAAGGUUAUGAUGCCUAUGGGAAAGUGACUUCCAGCUGGCUAUUUGACAUUGCCACCCAGAACAAGAUUCCUUGGACUCUGAGUUCAUUACUCAUUCCCUCACUUAUGAGACAUAGACUGCUUAUCAGUGAUUGGUCAGAAGUUCCUACAUGGAAGGAUUUCCAUACUUUGAGAAGGCUUCACAGUAUGUAAUGACUGUGCCAUGAGGCUGCUGGCACCAUGAGGUUAUCCCAGCUGAUGUGUUCACUUUGGAGAGGGCUGGUUCUGUGCUUCUCAGUGACUACUAGAUGAAACUGCCUUCAAGACAAUAAUCACAUCCUUAAAUAAGCACAGUCAGAAUGAAGUCUAGAUCCUAAAAACCCACUAGACAAAAGAUAGUUCUGUAUCCUGGCAACAGCUGCUGGCACAUAAACUGGCCUUUAAAUAUUUAGCCCAUAAAUACCAAAUUGAAGGAAUGAAUGCAAUGUAUACUACCUUCUUCACUAGUUAGACAAUACAAAGAAAUAAGGUACAGUUGCUAACUUCCAGGUGGCACCAAUCUAGCGGGAAAGGUCCAAAUAAGAAAAACCCACUUAGCAUGCAGGUUGAAGACUCCUCCCUCAUCUAUCUCAUCCCUUCCUGGUGGACAGAAAGCUGAUUUCUUACCCCUGCUUUGGUACUGAUGCCAACUUUCCCCUAUGACCCACACUCCAAGGCUGAGUCCUCCUGAAACCCUGCUCCUUCCUUUCUCUAAGCUCCUAGAGCCAGGUCCUGUGGACUCUGCCUUCCCAGCAUCUCUCCAGCUCAUUCUCACCAUCGCACACCCAUGAUGUCAUCACUGUAAUGGCCUCUAAUCCAUAGAGUCUUCCUGCUGCACCUCUUUUUCACAACCAGGUUAUUCAGGGGACGUUGAAACCCUUCUUGGCUUCUUAUUGUUUAUGAAUGCUCAUAAAUAAAGUGAAAGCACCUCAGUGAGACUUUCAAAGUCAUCUGAUAUCCACCAAUUUUUCUAUUUUCAUUCCAUUCUAAGCCCCUCGGAUCCAACACAAAAGACAAUGGGCCUUCUUCUAGCACUCUCCUCUCUAUCCUCCUGCCUCUGGGCUUUUGCCAUGCUAUCGGGGGAGCCUAGAGCCCUGGCUCUUCUCCUCCCUAUCCUCUAAGCUACAGCCGAAAGAAGAGUUCCAGGAAGCUCCCCAGUAUGCAAAUCAAAGUACAGUAAUACUCUGUCCUGAUUGCAAUGGCAUUUCUCACACUAUCUUCUGUCAUUGUUACACAAAUGCGUGUCUUAUGUCACUGCCCCAUCAAAUUGCUUGAACCUGGCCUUGAGCCCUAGUGUUCUGUCACUGAAGGCAAAGAAUAAGGUCUGUCAUUACUCUUCAAAUUUGUGCUCUUGGGGGCAGUAGGCCAUGAGCAUAUUUUAAUGUAGUUUCUCUGGAGUCAGAUGUGCUACCAUUGGACCAGGAGGUCCUUAAUGUCCAUUUUCUAUUAACCUCUUCCUUAGGACAUUCUCAGAACAUAUUGCUUAAUCUUCUCUGUGGCAAUGGCUAUACUCAACCUUGCCUUCCAGCAAGGUUGUUGGAAGUUACAUCCAUAGGCAUGGAUACAAGUGACUCUGUACAAAGACUCAGACAGAUCCAAUCUGUGGGCUUAAGUCCACUCUAGAGUGAGGUUUUGAAAACAUUUCCAUGUGAUUCUGGCAUUUACCCUAGUUAGGAACACACAGCUGCAACUUCUUGAAAAUGGAGACCCCAGAUUCUUCCACAGUCCCUUUGUAUAAGGAUUCAGUGUAUGUACAUGUAUAAGGCAUUCAAUAUAUGCUUAUGCAGUAAAGUAAUGACUAUUAUUAAUAUAGCUGUCAAUUGGAGCCUAGAUAGCUUGUACUUUUUCCCCUUCUACUCUAGAUACAACUUUGCUGUUCAAUUUUUCCAUUGGGUGACCAACUCUAGAGGAAGCUAGUGACUGUCCAGGAAAGAACAAGCAUCUAGUUUUAAUAAUAAAGUCAAAUGUACCUGCUGGAGAAUGCGAGUGGAAUAACAGGAAAGAGAUAAAGUUCCAGGAACUUACCAACCUGUAAGUGGGUCUAUCACUCACCACUGAUGGAAGAAACUGGGGGAAGGAAGUGAUGAGUAAGUUUGAUGCUCAGGAGCCCUGGUCAAGGUAGCCUUUCAGCACUCUCAAAUUUUGAGAGUUUUGUUGAGCUUUUUCUUAGAGGGCAGGCUGUCUCAGGGAACAAGGAGCAGAGGAACCCAGUUCACACACCCACUUGACCAAAGUACCUUUGGUUUUGAACCCACACUUUGUAGAAAGCAGGAUUAGAGGCUGUGUAUCCCCCAAGAGAUGUUCACUCCACUCCCUCUCGCCUAUCCCGUCCUAUACCUUUGCAUCCCAAGAUAUGUAUCUAAGUAUGUCUUUCAACACAAUCCUGUGUCUCUUCACAUUUCCAGUGAUGUUCAGGCAUCUGUCACAGAGCUCCUGGUACAAUGUUGAAUCAAGAGUCUUCACCAAUUUCACUUUUUUUUUUCAGAAGUGGAAAAAUGAACAGCAGACCUCAAUCUUAUCUAAAGGAAUAUUGACAACUGA